UUUCCCAAAGUGCAGAUACAGCCAGUCGGUCCCCCUGUCGGGCGCGGAGUGUCCCUUAAGCUGUGAAAGAAUGAGGAUGAGCUUUGGGUUGACUUUCAGGACAGCAAAAGGCCGCUGGGUGGCGAACCUCAGCCAGCAGUGCUCACACGGAUCCACUGGGUUAUUUGUGCCACCAAGUCCUCCUCUGGACUCUGAGAAGGUCAAAGAGUUACAGCGCUUUAUCACCCUUUCCAAGAGACUCUUAGUGAUGACCGGGGCAGGAAUCUCCACUGAGUCGGGGAUCCCAGACUACAGGUCAGAAAAGGUGGGACUUUAUGCCCGCACGGACCGGAGGCCCAUCCAGCAUGGGGAUUUUGUACGGAUCGCUCAAAUCCGCCAGCGGUACUGGGCGAGAAACUUUGUGGGCUGGCCUCAGUUCUCCUCCCACCAGCCUAACCCUGCACACUGGGCUUUGAGCAACUGGGAGAGACUCGGAAAGCUGUACUGGUUGGUGACCCAAAAUGUGGAUGCCUUGCAUACCAAGGCGGGGAGUCAGCGCCUGACAGAACUCCACGGAUGCAUGCACAGGGUCCUCUGCUUGGGUUGCGGCGAGCAGACUCCCCGAGGGGCGCUGCAAGAGCGGUUUGAAGUCCUGAACCCCACCUGGAGCGCUGAGGCCCAUGGCCUGGCUCCGGACGGUGACGUCUUUCUCACCGAGGAGCAGGUACAGAGCUUCCAGGUCCCGCCCUGCUCUCGAUGUGGGGGCCCCCUGAAACCAGACGUCGUCUUCUUCGGGGACACGGUGAACCCUGACAAGGUUGAUUUUGUGCACAGGCGGGUAAAAGAAGCCGACUCCCUCCUGGUGGUGGGAUCGUCCUUGCAGGUAUACUCGGGCUACAGGUUCAUCCUCACUGCCCAGGAGAAGAAGCUGCCAAUCGCAAUACUGAACAUCGGGCCCACGCGGUCGGACGACUUGGCAUGUCUGAAACUGGAUUCUCGUUGCGGAGAGCUGCUGCCUUUAAUAGACCCACGCUGA